CCUCGCAGUCCCAUGUGCUCGCGUGUGUUCGAAUUGUUAGUAAAAUUAUUAAUAAAAUAUACGAUUUUUUAGCUUAAAAUAAAAUAAAAUGGGCACUAAAAAGGUGAAAAUUAGUUCAGUAAAACGUGCCGCACAUUUGAAGUCUAAGAAGACGCCGCUGUCCAAGCAACAACAACAAAAGAUUAAACAAAAACGCGAGCAAUUGAACUCGAAACGUGAGAAAGGGCAGAAUAUCUUUUCACAAAAGGCACACAAGCGCGACAAUCUCGCCCAACGCAAGAAGUACAAUAAACAAGCUUCCCUGGGCUUUGUCCCUGGACUAAAUGAGGAUGAGGAUGAUGAUGAAGGCGGAGACCUGUUGCUGGACAAUGUGGCCGACAUGUUGGACGGCGAUGAUUUGGCGUUGCUGCAAGAAAAUAAACGCAAGCGAAAGGCAAAGCCAACGGAAGAUCAGCAGCUGUCUGUGGGUCUAGAGAAGGCCUAUGCAACGGCCACCAAAAAAGAGCAGGCAGCUCAAAAGAUUAAAGUCAACUUAUUGCCAAUUAAAUCACGCGAUGGAGAGAUUAUAACACGGACAACAGAGGUUGACUAUAUACCAAAGCCAAAGCGUAAAGCAGUGGACGAGGAGGAUGAAGCCGAAGGGGAAGAUGAGGAGGACGACGAUGACGAAGAAGUUUAUGAAGACAGUGAUGAUGAUGUGGUCAAUGAUGCGGCACCCAUGCCGAAGCAGAAGCUGAUAUCAACCACAGACUUGUUGAUUGCACGUCAACAGGAGAUCGAGCGUCAAAAAUAUCGUAUUGGCAUCAUUUGCUCAGGUCUGCUCGAAAAACCCGAAGACAAGAUGCGUAACUUCAAUGCGCUCUACGAGCUAAUGGAUGAGAAGAAUCGAGCAACUGGCAUGGUCAAUUUGCUAGCUGUACGCAAGCUAGCGAUUGUGUCGGUCACCGAAAUAUUCAAGGAUAUUCUGCCCGAGUAUCGUGUGGGUCAAGUGGACACCAAAAUGCAAACCGUGCGCAAGGCAACAUUGGAUCGUGUCACAUUUGAAAAUGCCCUGCUGCAACAGUUCAAAAAGUUUCUACAGAAGCUGGAACAGCUGACAGCGCAGGUGAACAAGAGGGGUGGCGACAAGACGCCACAAUCCGUCAAAAUGGCCACUGUGGCAGUAGAGUGCAUGUGUGAACUUCUGCUUGCCCAUCCGUACUUCAAUUACGUGCAGAAUAUUGCCCAACUUUUAGUCUACAUGCUCAACUGCAACUACGGUGCGAUGCGACAGGCAGUCAAUCAAUGCUUUCGUACGUUGUUCAGCAAUGACAAGCGUCUGGACAUGACAUUGUUUGUGGUGCGUCGCAUCAAUCAUCUGAUUAAGACGAAGCAGAAUAAUGUGCACUUGGAGUGCAUUACUUGUAUGAUGGGUCUGAAGAUAAAGCAUGUGAAUCUGGAUGCUGAAAAAGAGAAUGAGCUCAAGCAAAAGAAACUUGAAUCGCAUCGUCAGCGACUUCUAAGCUUGUCCAAGAAGGAACGAAAGCGUCGAAAGAAACUUACUGAAGUGAACAGGGAGCUGGAUGAGACGCGCGCUGAGGAAAACAAACAGACGAAGCACCACAAGCUGACGGAGAUUAUCAAAAUGGUGUUUACCAUUUAUUUCCGCGUCCUAAAGAAUGAUCCCACAUCACGUGUGCUGAGUGCCAUACUUGAAGGCCUUGCAGAGUUUGCGCAUGUGAUCAAUCUGGAGUUCUUCGCCGAUCUCAUUGACGUGCUGAAUCGCAUCCUAGAGGAGCAGGAUCUUGGUUAUCGCGAACAGUUGCAUUGUAUUCAGACAAUAUUCGUUAUAUUAUCUGGUCAAGGCGAGGUAUUGAAUAUCGAUCCAAUUCGCUUCUAUCAGCAUUUCUAUCGCAACAUGUUAGUGGUGCAAGCUGGAAAGAAUCACGAUGACUUUGCAAUUAUUCUGCGCACCUUGGACGAGGUGUUGGUCAAGCGGCGACGCAACAUGAACCAACAGCGCUUGAUGGCAUUUGUGAAGCGCCUCUUAACUGGAAGUCUGCAUCUCUUACACAACGGCACUCUCGCGACCUUGGGCACAAUUAAGCAGACAUUCCAGUUAACAUCUGUUCUGGAUGCAUUGCUCGACACGGACACAACGAUUGGAUCCGGUCGCUAUGAUCCCGAACUGGACGAUCCCGAGUAUUGUAAUGCCGCAAGCACAGCGCUUUAUGAACUUACGCUUUUGGGUCGUCAUUAUCAUCCCACAGUACGUCGCAUGGCAGCCCAUAUAGCCAACGGAGUGCCGGCAUCAGGAGAAGGCGCACUGCCUACAGAUAUUGGCAAGCUGAAUGCGCAUGAACUGCUUGCUCAGUACGACAGCACUCAAAUGGCUUUUAAUCCGACAAUUCCGCUGCCCAAACAGGGCGAACCCAAGUUGAGGAAGGGCAAACACUUGUUUAUACGGUCCGACUUUAAACAGGAUUAUGGCAAGUUGCUAAAGGAUGCUAAAACGACACGGAUCAGUUCCAAGAACGCCUUGCAAUUUGAUUUUCUAAGCGAACUCAAUAAACUAAGUAAAUGAAUGUUAAUUACAAUUGGAUAUUGUACAUAAUUUUAACUAUGGAUUGUUGAAGUACGUGAGUUGUACGUUAUUUAUUUUGUGUACAACUUUGUAGACUAAGCAUAAAGUUAAACCUACUCGAUUAUAAAUUUGCUGUCAAAGAAAGAGUAGAUAUUUUGAAGAAAUGCAGUUUAUAUUUUAGCAAUGAA